GCUGCUUCCUCCCUGUCUCUGCAGAAUCCUGUAAAGGUGCUCCAGCUAUGUGUGAAGAGGAGGACAGCACAGCUCUGGUGUGUGACAAUGGCUCUGGGCUCUGUAAGGCUGGCUUUGCUGGUGAUGAUGCUCCCAGGGCUGUUUUCCCAUCCAUCGUGGGACGUCCCAGACAUCAGGGAGUGAUGGUGGGAAUGGGCCAAAAAGACAGCUACGUGGGUGAUGAAGCACAGAGCAAAAGAGGGAUCCUGACCUUGAAGUAUCCGAUAGAACAUGGCAUCAUCACCAACUGGGAUGACAUGGAAAAGAUCUGGCACCACUCCUUCUAUAACGAGCUUCGUGUGGCCCCCGAAGAACACCCGACCCUGCUAACGGAGGCACCACUGAACCCCAAGGCCAACCGGGAGAAAAUGACCCAGAUUAUGUUUGAGACCUUCAAUGUCCCCGCCAUGUAUGUGGCUAUUCAGGCCGUGCUGUCCCUCUAUGCCUCUGGACGUACAACUGGCAUCGUGCUGGACUCUGGAGAUGGUGUUACCCACAACGUGCCUAUCUAUGAGGGCUAUGCCCUGCCCCAUGCCAUCAUGCGUCUGGACUUGGCUGGCCGAGAUCUCACCGACUACCUCAUGAAGAUCCUGACUGAGCGUGGCUAUUCCUUUGUGACUACUGCUGAGCGUGAGAUUGUCCGCGACAUCAAGGAGAAGCUGUGCUAUGUAGCUCUGGACUUUGAAAAUGAGAUGGCCACUGCUGCCUCCUCUUCUUCCCUGGAGAAGAGCUACGAAUUGCCUGAUGGGCAGGUGAUCACCAUCGGGAAUGAACGCUUCCGCUGCCCAGAGACCCUCUUCCAGCCAUCUUUCAUUGGGAUGGAGUCAGCUGGCAUCCAUGAAACCACCUAUAACAGCAUCAUGAAAUGUGAUAUUGACAUCAGGAAGGACCUCUAUGCUAACAACGUCCUCUCCGGGGGCACCACCAUGUACCCAGGCAUUGCCGACCGGAUGCAGAAGGAGAUCACAGCCCUCGCACCGAGCACCAUGAAGAUUAAGAUCAUCGCCCCUCCGGAACGCAAGUACUCGGUCUGGAUUGGCGGCUCCAUCUUGGCUUCUUUAUCUACCUUCCAGCAGAUGUGGAUCAGCAAACAGGAAUAUGAUGAAGCCGGUCCCUCCAUCGUCCACCGCAAAUGCUUCUAAGUCACCCCCUUGCUCUGUCUCUAGCACACGACUGUGAAUGUUUCUGUGGAUCAGCGCCUUCAGUUCCUUUCCAAAUCAUCCCUCCCCAAAGCUUUGACUUGUUACUCGUAAUUUUUUGUUUUUUUGUUUUUAAAAAUAAAUCAAUCAGACAUGUGCUACCCUUAACUUUUUAGACUUGGCCUAUCAACGCUGAAUCGGUUGUUUCCUAUUAGCUGGGCCUCAUUUAUUACAGGGUGGCUCCCUCUAGUGGUCAGGAGAGGAUGUGACACAUUAGAAAGACAAGUUCCCAAGCAACAGAGGAAGCUCCCAUUGAAAUAAUGUAAACAGAAUGCAUUUGAGAGUGUAAUAUGUAUUCGUGCCAACAGGAAAAAAGACACACUGACUUCAAAACUUGUUGAGUGACUAUUUUACUUUAUACAUAUAGGUAGCCUGAUAGGUAAAAAACAAAAACAAUUUUACAUGUAUUUAAAAUUUGGCAAGUAUAAUGGUUUUAUUAAAAUAAAAUCUUUUGCAGUAAAGCAUACAUCUAUGCAUGAA